GAAGGGAGCGGCCGGAGGGAUGGAGCGGGUCCCGGCAGGGAUGCGGUAGCUCCCGGGACAUCCCGACCCGCCGGGACGCGGUGAAGCUGCCAUCCCCAGAGCUCUCUGCAAUGGCCUCAGGGAAUGAGGGGAAUGAGGAACGCCGGGGGAGCCACGGGCUCAGCUCAGAAGGCCGCGUGGCAGAGGAGGCUGAAGAGGUGUUCCGCAGCUACGCCUUCUACUGCUACCAGCAGGAGCGCCAGGAGCGCGGCGCGGAGCUGCCGCCCGACCCCGAGAUCGAGCAGAUCCAGCAGGACCUGGAGAGCACGGGCAGCCAGGUGGGGCAGCGCCUGGCCAUCAUCGGGGACGACAUCUACCAGCGCUACGACCCCGAGUUCCGCACCAUGCUGGAGAUCCUGCAGCCCACCCGCCACAACGCCUACGAGACCUUCACCAAAAUUGCCUCCAGCCUGUUUGAGAGUGGCAUCAACUGGGGCCGGGUGAUCGCCCUGCUGGCCUUCGGGUACCGCCUGGCCAUGCACGUGUGGCAGCACGGCGUCAGCGGCUUCCUGCGGCGCAUCGCGCGCUACGUCGGCGAGUUCAUGCUGCAGCACCACAUCGCGCGCUGGAUCGUGCAGCAGGGAGGAUGGGAGGCUGUGCAGAACCUGGACAAUGUGUAUGUGAAGUACCUGCUGGUGGUGGCCGUGGUGGUGGUGCUGGGGCACCUGGUGCUGCGGCGCUUCCUCACCCCCUGAGGGGGGCACCGG